AUGGUCCUCGACCGUCUUCAGCAGUUGACCUUCCAGGUCAGCGCCACCGCGCCACCGCCUCAUCCGUUGGAUCCCUUGUCGACGGCGGAGAUCGACACCGCUGUUUCUCUGAUCCGCGAGGAACAUGGCAAGGUCAACUUCAAUGCCGUGACCUUGUACGAGCCGCGCAAGGCGGAGAUGAUGGCGUGGUUGGCGGAUCCGCAGAAAGCUCCCCGUCCUGCCCGAGCUGCUGAUAUCGUUGCCAUUGCCCCGGGAGGUAAGGUGUACGAUGGAAUUGUCAAUCUGAAUGAGAAGAAGAUCGUGCAGUGGAAGCAUACGCCUGGGGUGCAGCCUUUGAUUACCAUGGAGGAUUUGCAGGAGGUGGAGCAUAUCGUGAGGAAGGACCCCAAGGUUAUCGAGCAGUGUGGGAUUGUUGGUAUUCCGAAAGAGGAUAUGGAUAAGGUGUAUUGUGAUCCCUGGACGAUUGGCUACGAUGAGCGCUUCGGUACCGAUGUUCGCUUGCAGCAGGCCCUCAUGUACUACCGUCCUCAUAUCGACGACUCUCAGUACACCUAUCCUUUGGAUUUCUGCCCUAUCUUUAACGCGGAAACGAAGGAGAUCAUUCACAUCGAUGUGCCGCCCGUGCGCAGGCCUCUCAGCAAGGCCCCUCCCAAUAACUACCACCCUGCUGCAAUCGAAGCGGAGGGAGGUUUCCGGACGGACUUGAAGCCCAUUCACAUCACGCAGCCCGAGGGUGUCUCCUUCACGGUCAAGGGACGGGAAAUUGAAUGGCAAAACUGGAACAUUCACGUGGGCUUCAACUACCGGGAAGGCAUCGUGCUGAACAACAUUACCUUCAACGAUAGGGGAAAUGUACGACCUAUCUUUUACCGUCUCUCCCUGGCGGAGAUGGUGGUCCCAUACGGAAACCCUGAGCAUCCCCACCAGCGAAAGCAUGCUUUUGACCUGGGUGAAUAUGGUGGUGGGUACAUGACCAACAGCCUGUCUCUGGGCUGCGAUUGCAAGGGCGCGAUUCACUACAUGGAUGCAGCAUUUGUCAACCGCGCAGGCGUUAGCACGAUCGUGAAGAAUGCCAUCUGUAUUCACGAAGAGGAUAAUGGCAUCCUGUACAAGCACACGGAUUUCCGUGACGAGUCCAUGGUCGUUACUCGCGCUAGGAAAUUGAUCAUUUCGCAGAUCUUCACUGCCGCUAACUACGAGUACUGCGUGUACUGGAUCUUCCAUCAGGACGGAACCGUCCAGCUGGAUAUCAAGCUGACUGGUAUUCUCAACACGUAUGCCAUGAACCCCGGCGAGGACACCCAUGGCUGGGGCACCGAAGUCUACCCCGGGGUCAACGCCCACAACCACCAGCAUUUGUUCUGCCUGCGAGUCGAUCCCAAUAUCGACGGCCCCAACAACACAGUCUUCCAGGUGGAUGCUGCUCGCGGUGAUGGAGAGGUUGGAAGCGCCACGAACAAGUACGGCAAUGCUUUCUAUGCCAAAAAGACCAAAUACAACACGCCGCUGGAAGCCAUGUCGGACUACGACGGCAACACCGGCCGCACCUGGGAAAUGGCUAAUACCAGCAAACUGAACCCUUACAGCAAGAAGCCUGUCAGUUACAAGCUGGUCAGCCGUGAGGUGCCUCCGUUGCUUCCCAAAGAAGGCAGCCUGGUCUGGAAGCGGGCCGGCUUCGCUCGCCAUGCUGUUCACGUCACCAAAUAUUCCGAUGACCAGAUACACCCUGCCGGCCGCCACGUUCCACAAACCUCGGGCGAGCCGUCUCAAGGCAUUCCAGCCUGGAUCGAAGCAGCCGGGCCCAACUGUUCCAUUGACAAUACCGAUGUCGUGCUGUGGCACACCUUUGGUCUCACUCAUUUCCCGUCCCCUGAGGAUUUCCCUAUUAUGCCUGCCGAACCGAUGACGUUGCUCCUUCGUCCGAGGAACUUCUUCACUCGGAACCCUGCUUUGGAUGUUCCUCCUAGCUUUGCUCGAACUCCGUCUCAGAUUGCGGCUGGUGGUGCGGCAUGUGCGUGCAAGAAGAAUGAUGGGUCUAGCGUGCAGGUUUGA